AGCGAUAACGAUUAAUUUAUAACGAACGACAACGAAAUAUUAAUAAUCAUCAAAAUACAACGAACUGCAUAAACAAAAAAUAUACAAAAAUUAAAAAACAAACUCGACUACAAUAAAAAAUUCAUAGAAAAGUUAAUGAUUUACGUUUUGCAACAACAACAACAACAACACCGAGAACAACGAGUACAACGAGAGCAAAGUUUUAUAACAAUUGCAACACAAUGAUUAAAUUAAAAUCAUUAUUCCGCAGAGGACAAGGAACCUCGAGUUCUGCCUCCUCCAACAAUUCGACGCACAAGCAACAGCAGCAACAUUCCAACAACAAUCGACAGAAGUCACAGUCGAGCACAUCGCUCAACACGGCGCAUGAGCAGCAGCAGCAACAACAACAACAACAGCAGCAGCAGCAGCAGCAACUGUUGCAAGCACAACAACUAAACAACGCAACAACAACGACAGCAACAACAAAAUUCUAUUCAAAUCACGAGGCGACUUACGAACGUGGUGUCGAUGUUGGUGACGAGGCAGCGUUGUUGCUGACAACACAACAACAACAGCAGCAACAGCAGUUACGCCAGCAGCCACAGCAGCUGAGCAACACGCUGCCGCAGAAGAAAUCAAAAUUCAAAGGACAAAAGCAGCCAAAGCAAUUGCCACAGCAAUCACCACAGCAACAGCAACUGAUGACUUCGAUUGCAGCUGCGCCGGCGCCGAACAACAGCAGCAGCAGCAACAAUAACAACAGCAAUGUGUUGCAAGAUGGCGGCGUUGCUGCCGCUGCCGCUGCUGAUUUCUAUCAGCAAUUAGCGGCAGCAGCAACAACCACAACAGCAACAACAACAAGUGCCAGCAACAGUAGCAGCAGCAGCAACAACAGCACCACCGGCACCAACAACGCCGCAACAGCAGCAGCCAAUGCCGCGGCAGCAGCUGUUGCAGUUGCUGCUGUUGCAGCAAGCAGCUAUCAGCAGCAGCAACAGCAACAACAACAGCAGCAGCAGCAACAACAACAACUGCAAUUCAUUAACAACGAACAGCAGCAACAACAACUGUUAGAGGCUAACAACAAAAUGCAGGAAUUGCAGAAGCAAUUGGAGCGUUUGGGACGCGAGCAAUUGCAGCUGGAGACGCGAAUCACGGAGCUGUUGCCAUACCAAAGCGAGGUGACCAAACUGAAGGGUGAUCUGCUCAAGAUGCAGAAUCAACAGGAGAAAACUCAAAUGGAAAUUGGCAAUCUGAAAUAUGAAAAUGAAUCUUUGCGCAAUCGUUUGCGGGACGUUGUCAACUCGCCAUUGUCGGACGCCGAGAAGCAACAGAUUAUCCAAGAUUCGCAGCGUUUGCACAGCUCAGCGCCCGCCUCGAUAGCAUUGCCCACAGCCAACGAAGCGACCAACGAUGGGACGCCGUGUCUUACGCCCGAUUGGGACAAACACUCGUCGUCCAGUGAGAUAUCAGUAGCGUGUCUGCAGGACAAGAUCAUACAGAUGGAGGAGACGCACUAUUCAACCAACGAGGAGUUGCAGGCCACACUCCAGGAACUCGCCGAUCUGCAAACCCAAUUGACCGACACACAAACCGAAAACGAACGUCUCGCCGAGGAGAAGGAUGUGCUCUUUCAAUCGCUCUGUCGCCAGACCGAAAAACUCAACGAGUCACGCACAAAUCGCAGCACGAUGCAAGAGCUCAUGUUGCUCGAGAAUAAGCUGCUCGAUUUGAUACAAUCAUCGCAAGAGGAACGCGAAGCUUUGCUGCUCAAGCAGGAGGAAUUAAUGAGUGAGCUGGCCGAGUUGCGGCAAUCCCGCGACACUGUUCAACUCGAGCAGCAGCGGCAGCGAGAGCGCAAUGCAUUGCUCGACUCGCAGCUGGAUGCGGCGAAUGCCGAGCGCAAGCAGAGCGAAGCUCAGUUGUCGCUGGCCAAGGAUGAGAUAUCGCAGCGUGCGAUCGAGAUCAGUCGAUUGAGCACGCUGCUGGAGAAUGCGCGAUCGAAGAUCGAGGAAUUGGAGGCGGAUUUGGCGCGUGGCGACAAAACCGAUCUAAGCGAUGUCCUCGAUGCGGCCCGUCGCGAAAAGGAUGCGCUCGAGGAGCGGCUGGCUGAGCUGCAGGAUCAAUGGUCACGCAGCCAGGCGGAAUUGCGACGAUUGCGCGAACAACUUGCCGGCCUAACCGAGGAGUGCAAGGUGGCCAAGAACAAUGCCAAAUGCGCUGUCUCGCAUCUCGAGUUUCGUCUGGAGCAACUGCAACGCGAUAAGGAUAAGCUGAGUGGCGAUUGCCAGACGCUCGAGGAGCGUGUCAACGAGUUGCAGGUGCAGUGCAAAUGCCAUCAGGAGGAUAAGGUGCAGCUGCAGCAGUUGCUCACCGAAACGCAGCGACAUCUGAGCGAUGCGCAGUUGCAUUUGAGCGACAGCGAAUCGCGACUCGAUAAGGAGACGCAGUUGCGCAAACGGGAGGCGGAUGAGUGGCAACAGUUUCAGGCCGAUCUGCUCAUGACGGUGCGUGUUGCCAACGAUUUCAAGACUGAAGCGCUCAGCGCACGCGAACAGCUGGUGCUGGACAACAAAACGCAAAAGGAGAAGAUCCGAUUGCUCGAGCAGCAGCUCGAAAAGUUGACCAAGCAACAACUGCAGCAGACGGAGACACAGCAAUCGGUGCUAUCAACUGUGCAGCAGGAGAUGGCCUCGCGACGCAGCAAGCUCAGCUUCAGUCGACAGGAUUCGCGACUCUCUGUGAAGACGCUCAUCGAGAGCAUUGAGAACAACAAGCCGCAAGGCAAAGCGGAUGAGACGGAAUCUCAUUACAGCUCAACGUCCAGUUUGAACAGCGGCACACCCGAAGCGGGCCACACGCCCAUCAUUUUGCCCGUAUCCAGUGAUUGGCACGAGAGCCUACGUUUGCCCGUUCUGCAGAGCAGCAAUCUGCAUGUGAAUGUCAACAAUGUUGGAGGAGGAGUGGCAAGCAACAUUGCUGCUGCAACCACACCACCACCAGCAACAUCGGCAACAACUGCAUCAGCAACAACAGCACUAUCAAGCGCAGCUAAUCCAACCAAAGUAACUCAGCAGCCGCCACAGCUGCAGCAGCAAUUGUCGACACAGUCAACGGCAAGUGCGGCAUCAGCAGCGACAUCGGCAACAUCAGCAUCAGCAUCAUCAUCGCAGCCUUCCACACCAAACACGCCCAGCAGCUUGCAGCCCAGUCUAACAACGGCGGGCGGACAAUCGCCAAGCAGCGCUCUUGUGGGCAGUCUUAGUUUUGGCAACGUCUCAAAAUCAUUCUUGAGUGGUGAGCGCAAGGAUCCGCUCAAUAUGCUGGCCAAGAAUGGCGGCUCGAAGCGGAAUGCACUGCUCAAGUGGUGUCAAAAUAAGACGGUUGGCUAUCGCAACAUUGACAUUACCAAUUUUAGCUCAUCGUGGAACGAUGGCUUGGCAUUUUGCGCCAUUCUACAUUCCUAUCUGCCGGAUCGAAUACCCUACGAUACUCUCAGUCCGGUGAAUAAGCGGCGCAACUUUUCUUUAGCCUUUGCUGCCGCCGAAUCUGUGGGCAUUACCACCACGCUGAAUAUCAAUGAUAUGUGUCAAAUCGAGCGACCCGAUUGGACACAGGUCAUGUCCUAUAUCACAGCUAUCUACAAGUACUUUGAGACGUAAGCUGGAGCCAGAAGCAGAAGCAGAGGCAGAAUCAGAAGCAGAGGCAGAGGCAGAGACAACCUUCAGUUGGGAGAUAAACUGUAGCUUUUGUAAAUGCAUUAUUCUCUCUCUCUCUCUCACACACACACACACAUACUUUUAUUCUUUUUGUUUUUUUUUUCUUGGCUGGCUAGCAACUAUUUAUUAUCAUACAGCAAGCUACUCGUAUUAAUGCAUUUCACAUGGCACCGAGCAAUACUAUUUUUUGGCACGAAUCUUCGCCUAGAUAAUGAAAAGUUUUUUCAAUCCUAGAUUUGUAAUACGUAUUUUUUUUUGUGUACUUUUUUUUUGUUCUCUUUUUACCGUGCAACUUUUGCCCUACUCAUAUAAAUAUAUAUUUAGCUAUAUAAAUAAUAUUGUAUUGUGUCAGGAUUAUUCAGUUUUGGGGGGUAUAAAGUUGGGCCAAACUUGUAUGCAUUAAACGCUGAUUUUAGAGUUUAUUUUAUAUACUUAGACCUAGAGAAAAUGAAUGGUCGAUUAGCUUUAGCAUAUUUAUUAUAAAAACAAAAAACAAAAACAA